AUGGACAUCGAGAUCAUCAAGGAUUUUUUUAGUGAGAAGCUGAAUGUUACAUUACAUGAAGAAUGGUUAACCGAAGUGAUGAAAUACCUCUACUCCUUAGGAUUUAGCAGUAAUUCCUUAUUAUCAUCUGUUUAUGAACAGUGGCUUUACACCAACCUCAAAAUAUCCACAAAACCACUGUUGUCUUUAUCAGCUGACAAUUGUUCCAAGCGAAUGAUGCUUGGAGGUAACACUGUGGUACAGGUGAAUUCGGUUGUUGAUAUCGGCACAUCAAUGUAUUCCCAGUACAGGAAUUUAACAAAUAAAUUUGAGGAUAAUUCUGGUUUUCAACUGAAAAUGGAAGAAAAUGAAACAAACACUGAUCCAUUUCAAAAUGCGAAGCGUAUGCUUUCAAUGGAAGUGACGGACGGUCAGUUAUCAAUGAAGGCCGUGGAAUAUAGUAUGCUAAGUGCUCUUUCUCUUCUGACAUGUCCAGGGUGUAAGAUUCUGUUAACAAACAAUGUAUGCAUUCGACGUGGUAUUUUAUUGCUUACUGAAUUGAACUGUAUAGUAUUAGGCGGUGAUGACGAAUCGCUCAUGAAAACUGGUCGUCCAGUUGAAAUAAUAAUGAAGCAUUUGAAUAUUAAUGUUCCUCUGCAAAGACAAAGCUUCAUAACUUUAACCAAUGCGCAAAAGAAAAUUAAUGAUAACGAUAUUCCAAAUGCAAACAGUAUCCUUUCUCAACCGAAUAUCAAACCUACAAUGCAGGUGAAGCCACUUUCGGGUAAAAAAUCGUCUUUAGAAAUAGCAAAACGAAAAGUGAUAUCUGCGAAUGAAACUGCGCGAAUUGAACAAUCAAUGAACAACAUUAGGCAGCAAAUAAAUGUUUCACUGAAUGGAAGUCCGAGUAGUUCGGGUGGUAAGGCGUCAUUCACUGCAUCAGCAUCAAAGCGCUCAGAAGAUUCGUUAUUACAUGGUGCAGUUGCUAAACGCAUAAAAAUAGAAUUAGCUGAAGAUGACGCUGAUAUUAUCUUGCUCGAAACGCCGACAACCAUAAAACAGGAACUGAAUAAAGAAGAUAAUCCGAGAAAAACUAAUCUAACUGCGACACCUAAAUCAGCUAAUAAUCCAAUUAUUGCUGCUUAUAAAAGACUUGGAGUUGAAUCAAUUGCGGCAGCAUUACGGUCCAUGCGAUAUGCUGUUGGACCGAGGCGUAAAAUAUUGGCUGCUUUAAUGGAAACAAAGCCGUUAGAGCCAUUACAUAUAAACAAUGAUGGAUUAUGGGCACUAACUGUGGCGCUGAGUGACGAAAGUUAUGAGUGCUUAACGUGUUUCGUUUCACAUAAAUUUCUUGUAGAACUAAUUGGUUGGACUCCGGAAGAGGCACUUGAUGCUCGUGCAAGUAAGGAUCCAGCACGGCGAAAAGAAGGUACAUUGCGAACAAGAAGUGCUGGCCAGUCGAUGCGUAGGUUAGAUUUAAUCUGGGAAGUUGAAUUCUUUCCACCCGGUGGUUCUACACCUAUAAUUCACAAAAUUGAUACAUACGCUCAAAAAUUUGGAUUGAUUCGAUAG